AUGGAUCUGAAGCAAAAGGCAAAUCUCGUAAUCAAUUCUCUGACAGAGUCUCUUAGAUCUCUAUCAUUAAGGUCAAAUGAUUCAACAAUUCUAUCCUCAAAACAUCCACAUACAAAGCUUUGUUACAAAUGCCAAGCACUGGAUAUUGCAUCGUUGCGAAAUAGUAACGGUUUCACGCAUGGAACACCAAGUGAAAUACUUGCCGCUGCGAAGUCUGGUUGCCCUCUUUGUAUCCUACUUGAGAAGAAUUUUGAUCUCGGUCCUCCAUCAAUGCCUGUGCGUCUACAUGGUAUCCGUCGAAUUUUACCGUUGAAUCUUUCUGCAUCUCCCAAUGUAGGGGAUAUCGAGUCUAUAAGAAUUCUGAACGGCUGCGACAGAGAUGUGGACAACCCUUUCUCUCACACACUGGCACUUUUAACAACCGCUGUUCAGUUAUAUUGUUCCAAGGAUCUUGCAGCUAAGUCUUUCUUGAGAAGGCCUUUCAUUGCGGAUUUUGCUUCGGAAGAAUGUUCAAGAUUAAUUGAAUCAUGGUUAAACAAGUGCAUUCUUUGCCAUCCGAAUUGCACAAUUAAUUCCCCUAUGAUGUCUCGCCUACCAACUCGCGUCAUCAGAGUUGGUGCUCAUGAUGGGCUUGAGCCAGCACUUUUCACUCCACCGGCUGGUUACGAAGGCGCUUAUAUCGCCCUCAGUUACUGUUGGGGAAGGCGAAAAAACAUUCUUCUCGCCAAGGAAAUGACAAAACUACCGAAUAUGAGCGUAAUAUUCCCAAUGCCUGUUCUACCUAAAAACCUUGCAAGACGCGGUUCAGAUUACUCGAAAUCUUGGGUUCGAGUUCCUUUGGAUCGACUCUCUGUGUAUCAUUCAAGAAGGCGACGAUGGGGAAGACUUGAGACGUGA